AGCCCUGAUUGAGGGUUGAAAACCGCCAAUCGUGCGUCUCAGACGCAUGGAAAGGCGUGUCUCGGAUAGCGCUUAAAAUUAUGUCUGUGCGUUUGUGAACUGCAGAGUUCGCUUUGAAUCUUUAGCCAGUUGAUCCCCUUAAAUCUUUCGGAGGAGUCAUUUUUUUGUGUUUUUUAUUUAUUUAUUUAUUUUUUUUAAAAAAAUGUUUUGAGAUUUGAGAUUCACACCGCGAGGCUGCGCUCCUCUGAAUCUUUUUUUGGCACCUGGAGAACGGAAUUUGUGCCACACUGGAGCUUUCUGGUGCGCGCCGGAGGACGAUCCACGGGGCAAUACAGAGAGGAGACAGAACCUUUGCUGAACGCAUGUCCACGCAUGGCCUGAAUACAAAUAAAGCAAAAUCAGCUGGUGUAUGAGCUGCACCAGUCUCUAAUUUACCCAAUAAGCGUGUGAUUGGUGUGGAGAGUCACCUCGCAGGAGCAGCAGCAGCAGCAGUGCGCACACUCCAUUUGACGUGGAUCUGCUCUCUGCCGGUGUUUCGCGUAAAGCAGUAAUACCACGCCGACUGAACCCAGUUUGAGGAGCUAAAAGUUUUUUUUGUAUUCUUGCUUGCAUCGACCUCCUCCGGCUCGGUACCAAUGAUGACUGAGAACAGUGAGAUGGAGAGCGACUCGCAGCUCCAGCGCUCCCCAAACAACAUGCCCAUCCAGCCGAUGACAUCCAAGCUCCAGAGAUUGAAACGCUCACUGUCCUUCAAGACCAUGAUGCGCAGCAAGAGCGUGGAGAACUUCUUUCAGAGGUCCUACAGCAACGCUCGCCUGCCCGCCGACUUUAUUACUGACCCACCACCGCCUUCUCCUCCGCUGCCACCCGGCUCCCCUCUCGUUGGCGAACGCUCACCCUCCAUUUCACCGUCUCUUAGCCCCAACCCCUCCAUCUGUUCCCACUCACCGUCUCUCAGCCUUUCUCCAUCACUGCCUGCAAAGCCUCCCCGAGCUCAGAUUAACCACUGUUUUCAGGACCACAUUUUUCGGAAGCCCACCAACUGCCAGCACUGCAAGCACAUGAUAGUGGGAAACUCCAAACAAGCUCUGCGGUGUAAAACAUGCAAGAUGGCUGCUCACCUGUGGUGCACAUCAGAACUCUCGCAGCAGCAAUGCCAUGGAAAGUCUGGAGCAUUCAAGCGAAACUUCAGCUCGCCGAUGCUCGUCAAUGACCAAUUGGCUGUCGUCAAGGAAGUUCAGCCAAGCCAGGAGGCUGCGCGGAUGCGUGUAGACCCCGUGUAUGCUGCCUUACGCUACGGGACGUCCUUGGCACAGAUGAGCCGUUCCAGUUUUGGCAGUUUAUCAGAAUCACCAACGCGCAGCUUGGGGGAGGGAGGUGAGGAGAGGCAGGAGAGACAGUGCAGCAUGGAGGAGGAAAUAACUCAGGAGAUGGGGGAAAUCCUCGCGCCGCUUCCAGACGCCGCUGUUCCAGAGGAAGAGAUGGAGAAGGAGGUGGAGCAGAGCUGCGAGCAAGCAGAGAUUCCUGCAGAGGACAGCAGUUCAAAGGUGCCCAAGCGCAUUGAAGUCCACUCCAUCCACACCUAUGUAGCACUCUACAGGUUCCUGCCUCAGGAGCUGAAUGACCUGGAAUUACAUCCUGGCGAUCGGGUGCAGGUCACAGACGAUUCUAAUGAGGAGUGGUGGAAGGGUAAAAGUGGUGACAGAGUCGGCUUUUUCCCUGCCAACUUUGUGCAAAGGGUCCGACCAGGGGAGAGGGUCUGGCGGGUCGUUCAGAGUGUUCCCGGAAACAGAGAAAAAGGACACAUGGCAGUGAGAGAGUCGCAGAUUUGUGUUGGGAAGAGAGAAGAUGGGGACAUUUUUCUGAAGCUGAGCAGUGGAAAGAAGAGAGGCCUGGUCCCUGCCGACUCCAUAGAGGAGAUCUGAACAUUAUUUCACUUUUACACUCUGACUCAAACUGUCAGCACCACACUCUGCCCCGCUCUCUGGAGAAAUGACCAUACAAUCCUCUGCAACCACACAGAAAAAUACACACUCCUGCCAAGAUCCGAUGCCACCGUCUCUGACAAACAUUUGUUUUCUCAGAGCAUUUAUUGACUGAUGUCCUGCACCCAAGGACGGUGAUUGACUCAACAUCUUAGACAAAGGCAAGCAGAGGUAAAUGUGGCUUUAAAUAAUUGGAUCGCAUUCAGUUUUGCCCGUCAAAAACACUUUUCCAACUGUGGGAGAACCUUUGAAUCCUGUUAUGGGAACAUCAUGCUUGUGUCAGUGUCCUUUUUCUUGCCUCUACCCACUCGGUGUGUCUCAUCACUAUCUGCUCAUUUCAGGGCUUUUUUUCCCUUUGGGCUGUUAUCACGUAUUGCUACUGCAACUACAGACUCUUUGCAAGGAACAACCACUGCCAUCCACUGAAAGCUACACUGCCACUAGAGAAACUUCUGGAUGAGAUGGAAGGAGGUCAUGCAAAUUUAAAGCCUGCAUCAGACAGUGCUUUAACUGAUAAAUGUAAAAAUGCAGAAAAUAAAUCCAUUUUUUUAAGAAAAAUUGAAGGCUCCAACGACCUUGUCACAGAUGUUUAGAUCUGUAUUUUCCAGUACAUAGAAAUAUUUAAAGUCAAAGGAAGUUAAAAGAAUUGGACCGUGUGAACAGGGGUGUCCAAAGUUUGGCUGGGGGCCAUUUGUGACCCUUGGACUGAUUUUUUGGGGCCCCCAACUGCAGUUCAAGAAUGAUACAAAUUCAUUUAUUAAACUUACUCUUAUAAAUCAGGGUAUGGUUUUCAUACAAUGGAAAAUGCUGAGUAAAAUUUUAUAAGUAGAACCAGGUCUAUCCAGAGGCUUUUACUGAGAAGCCGACUUUACCAAACUUGACCUUUACCAAACUCAGCUUUUAUUUAAUAUGUUAAUCUUGGCUAAGUGUAGCAAUCUGUUUGAAAGAAUGUGACCCAAAUCAUUAUUUUAUAACAAAGAAUAAAUAUGUUCAACUAAAAUAAAUUGUGCAAAAUCCUAAUUAUCCCAGUCUUGGAUCUACAAUGAAUUUUUGUUCUUUGAAUUUUAUAUUCUUUGCCCUCGAGUACUUCUGACUUGAUGAAUUUGCUCCAAGUUACAAAAAUUUUGGACACUCCUGAUGUAGAAAUAACAGUCAGUAUUUUGAAGCUUUAUGUGAGCGUAGAGAAAGAAUAAAAAGGUGUCAACAAGUGUGGAAGUUCACAAGCACUGCCCGGCGAUUUCUUAUUUUUUUUCUUACAAGUUUACCGCUGCUGUGAACAGCAGGAAAUAAAACGGAUCUGCAGCCAGCCGUUCCUGAAAAUAAAAACAGCAACGUUUUAAGGAUCUCUCUGGCUGUGACGACGAGCCUAAGUUUCUCUUACGGUUCAGAGGAGGAGGCGGCACAGCGAGAGAGAUGACACGAGCGUUGAACCGCUAUGAGUCGGCGUUCUUCGAGGCAACACUGUACCCAGGGGUGCAUGGGAGUCAUUCAUUGAUCAAAUGUCAGCCCGCCUUCCUUCCCUCCCAGUUUGGCCCUUCUUGUCUUCUUGUUAUUGAUGUGACUGGUCAGCUGUGAUAUAGAGUGAGCACAUUUUUUUUGCUUGAAUCCCAGAACACUUUGGAUAGUUUAGACAUCUAUUGUUAAUUUGUUCAUUUUGCAGCCAAUCUAAUGUGUUUCUUCAGUCAGGACCCCCCUUCCACCAGCUAGGGGAGACACACAGUUUGCAUGUGAAAGACAGAGAAAAUGACUUGAAUUAGAAAAUACAUUAGAAGUUAUAUAAAAUAUUUAUCAUUUAGAUAAAAGAAUCACUUUUUCAUCUGUAUUUCACACAUCAAAACUUUGAAAAGGUCUAAUCAAUAAGCAUCUUCUCCUGUAAAAAGUAAAAGUAGCAUUUUUGUUUUUUAAUUAUCACCAUUAUCUACAGUAUGUCGACAAACUAAUAUUGCAACUUCACCAUGAAAUUCUCCAGGUUAUUUGUGUCUUUUUGUCAAAAUGCAGCAUUAUCUUACAGAAUAUCUGCAGCAUCCUCUUCAGGGAUUAUUAAAGAUGUGUAAAAAGCCUUAAAAUUAUGAUUUUUUAAAAAUGCAGUAGGAUUUAAAACUAGAAAAAUUGGUCGUCUACCUGAAGAACAUUAACUCAGUAGGGUCAAAUUCAUUGUUAAGAAUGACCACAAAUGCUACAAUACUGAGAUCCCGGAAUAUUCCAAUUAAUUUCAAUUAAUGUAAAAAGAAUGUUAAUGCAAUUUAACCCUUCAAAAGAAAAACAAUUGUUUAAUCUGUAAUUUGUUUACUUUUUUUUAAUCCGUGUCUUCGAGCACCAUUCAAAUAAAGUGUUGAUCUCCAAGAUAUUGCUUCCUGAAAGCACCAGCUGGCCUAUACUUACUCAUAUCUGUGGUCAGAACAGUAAUUAAAAAAGGUACAAACACAUGGGACUGUGAAAGACAAGCUUGUUCCAGGACCCAAAAACCAAGAUGGUAAAAAAACGGAAAGGGGUAAAAUCUUGGUGGCCUGGAGUCUCCAAAUUAAUUAGAAGCUCACUACAUGCCAGCCGUCUGUAAAGUUUCUUCACAUUACUAGAACUUUAACCCCUUAACUGGCAUCCUAAAAAUGCUUACACGUAACGCAGUGGGUUCAUGAGGACACCCAUGUCAUCAUCACAGUUAGAAGGUUAACUAGACCUGUGCCUUGGUCCAAUGAUACUGAAGCUAAGCCCUUCUGAGGUUGGAUUUAAAAAAAUAAAAAUACCUAAUGUCCAAUGUUAAGUACAGUGGAGGAUCUGUGAUGCUGUGGGCAUGUUUCUGUCCCAUACAAUGCAUAAACGUUUUAAAAGACCAAUAUGUUUUGAAUAAAAAAAUCACUUAUGGAUCUUAUGUUACCACAUAUGAAAAGUCUUUCAGCAGGAAAACAUCUGUGCAAAUCAACAAAAAACAAAAAAAACUGGACUGAAAUACAUUUCAGUCCUGAACUAACUUUAAUGCUUUCUAGACAUCUUUCCCAAGGGUAAGAGUACCGGUAAUCUUGCAGAGGGCUGUGCAAAAGUGUAAGCUAACCCCGAUAUGUAUCAGCACCUUCUUGUUAUUUUACUCUGCGUAAGUUUGUGUCGCAUCGCACUUCUGAGGUUUCUAAAUGUAAAGUAAGCAUCUGGUGUCUAGUGUCACAAAGUCAAUGUUCCUCAACUUUACCUCAAUAAAAUGUCUUUACACAAA